UACCCGCUUGUGUCUGUGUUGUCAUGAAUGUAUGUGUACGGCUAGCCGGCUGAUAGCUUUGGCAAUGUUGUCACUAUCAGAAUGAUAUCGCAGCGGGACAGAGGAGAACUGGCUCGUUUUUAUACUGUCACAGACCCCAAAAAGCACCAGAAAGGCUAUACUGUAUACAAAGUCACCGCAAGGAUAAUCUCCAGGAAGAAUCCAGAGGAUGUUCAAGAGAUAACUGUUUGGAAGAGAUACAGUGAUUUCCGAAAACUUCAUCAAAACCUAUGGCAGCUGCACAAGAAUGUAUGUAGCCAAUCGGAGCUGUUUCCUCCCUUUGCCAAAGCGAAAGUGUUUGGUCGUUUUGAUGACACAGUGAUUGAGGAAAGGAGGCAAUGCUCAGAGGAUCUGUUGCAGUUCUCUGCUAAUAUCCCUGCCCUCUACAGCAGUCAGCACAUCCAAGAUUUCUUCAAGGGAGGUGAAGUCCACGACGGCUCAGAGCUAAUUGGACCCGCAGAACCCUUUUCUGACUUCUUAGCAGACAGUUUAUCAGACUGCAGCUCUGAUGUUCAAAGAGACAUCAGUGGUGCAGAUGAUUUGACGAUCACAUCUGAGUAUGGAGGCCCGUCCAGUGACAGUGACCUGACCUCCCUCGCUGUGGAUACAGAUUCCCUGGCUGAGUUGGAUGAUGGCAUGGCCUCAGGCCGUACCUCCCCAAAUCAACCACAGGGGGGAGCCUCCAACAUUAGCAGUAGCUGCAGCCCUCGAUUGCCUUCCCUGCAUGCUCGCCGCACCCCGUCACCUGCCCCGGUUUCUGCAUCCUCAGCCCCUAACCCAGAGGUCAGCUGGACAGGCAGAACUUCCCUCUUCUCAGGCAGUUUGAAGAAAACAAGUAGUGGAAACCCUAAGGACGUGACGUCAGAUUACCUUGACAAAGCCAGUGAGCUCAUCUCAUUGGCUGUACAGAAGGAGAAAGAGAAGGACUACCAGGCAGCUUUUUCUUACUACCGAAGCGGAGUGGACCUACUGCUGCAAGGAGUUCAAGGUGAGCACAGUCCCACACGGCGUGAAGCAGUAAAGAAGAAGACUGCUGAGUAUCUGAUGCGCGCAGAACAGAUAUCCAGUCAGCACCUGAGAAGCAACAUGGGUCAAGGGUCAACACAAUCAGUGGCUAUGGCAGCACAGUGCUGUCCUUCCAGCAGUAGAGAGAGUCAUUCAUCUGAGGAGCUCAGAGCUUACAGAGUGUUGGGGAUCAUAGAUAAGGUUCUUUUGGUCAUGGACAAGCGAACACAAGAGACGUUCAUCCUGAAAGGAUUAAGAAAGAGCAGUGACUGUGGGAGGUCUAAGAGGACCAUAAUGCCUCACUCCGUGCCAUACAUGGUGCAGCUGAAGAAGUUUGUCGUCUCUGAGGAUACAGUCUUCCUUCUGCUGCAGUAUGCUGAAGGUGGGAAACUGUGGUCUCACAUUGCAAAGUACCUGCGUAAGUCCAGCCCAGAUGAGAGCUUUGACAUUCCUUUCAUCCAAAAGAGCCACACAGCAGCCGUACACUCUCCUCAGCAUGUCGUAUCCCAGCUGGGUGCAGCCAGUUCUAGCUCUGGACCUCUGACUGGACUGCAGAGAGAAGAAAGGGAGGACCUCUGUGCAUCUCCUAGUACAAGUGUGUUACCUCCCAGGCUUAUGGAGCGAAUUGGAGCCCAGUCAGAUUCUGGAGCCACGUCUGAAGAAGAGUGCACCAACAGUUAUUUGACCCUUUGCAAUGAGUAUGAACAAGACAAGGUGGAACCAGAUGCAUUAGAGGAAGAGGAGGAGAAGAGUGAACAGGAAAUGCUGUCAUUGGAAGUGCCAAAUGCUACCACCACCUCCUCACGUAGUCGCUCGCUGCUUAGCAAUGACAGCCUCUCUUCCCCUAUUAGCUCUCAGGAACUUGGCUUUUUCACUGAGUCAUCUGACAAAAGUGGUCACACCCAAGACUUUGGUGAGGGACAGGACCACGGAGAAGUGUUUAGUCCUCUGGCCUCCCCUGCAGUGCCCCUGUCUUUGGAUCAGUCUAAGCAUACGCCUAUGGAGUUUUUUCGCAUUGACAGCAAAGACAGUGGAAGUGAGGUGACCUGUCUUGACCUGGGAGAGCCACGUGCCUCCUAUAAGCAGGUCCCCCUCUUUUCUACAUCUGAUCUGGGCUCUGAUGUUGCAGUGGAUCUUCCAGAGCUGGCUCAGGAGGUCAAGGGACGCUGCUCAGAGCUUUGGGGGUUAGAUUGUAGUGAUAAUGCAUCUAAUGAAUCUGUACCAGUCAUUUCAUUUAAAGAGGCAGCAGUUGAGGAUGAGGGUCAUCCACCAGACCUUUUGGUCAAUUUACCAGUAGUGAGUGGAACUACAGACUCUUUACAGGAGGAGUUAGACUCUUCUGGAGUCUGUCUGGGCCUUGAAGUCACAGCUUCUCCUCAAAAGUUCAUCCAGCCUGAUGUUUUGCAGCUUCACAGUCAACCUGAGGAGGAGGAGGAGCCAGACCUGUCAUCAUAUUGUACAGCUUCUGCCACUUGUGACACCAGUGUUACAUCUUCAUCCCCUUUCAACUCACUGUGGGACAACUACAACUUGGCAUUUGGACAAGAGGCCUCUGACAAAAUAGUAGUGAAUUCCACCUCCCAAAAUGAUGACCUGCCCCUUGAUACUAGCAUUUCAGUCAGUGAGUCUCUUGGAGAGAAACUGGAACCCAGUGCAAAAGUAAACACAGACUUUCCAAAUCCCAGUGGUAGCAGCCUGGGCUCUAUCCCAGACAGGAAUGAUAUCGAAGCUUCUGAGGCCAUUGAAAGUUUAUUAGGUCUUGAUGGUGACUCACCAAGAGUUGUUAGUAAUACAGUUGGCAGUGAAUUUGAUAAAGAAGUAUCACGGCUAUUUACAGAGCUGGACGAGCUGUCAUUGGCAGCAUCCCAAGUUCGUAUUCCAGAAGACUUUGUACGAUGCUGGGCCACAGAGAUGGUAACUGCUCUGGAUCGUCUACACCAAGAGGGCAUUAUCUGUCGAGACCUAAACCCCAACAACAUACUGCUCAACCACCAAGGUCAUAUUCAGCUUACCUACUUCUGCAGCUGGAGUGAUGUGGAGGAGUCCUGUGACAAAGAGGCCAUUGCCAACAUGUACUGUGCACCAGAGGUGGGAGGUAUCGGUGAGGAGACGGCAGCAUGUGAUUGGUGGAGUUUGGGCGCCAUUCUGUUUGAGCUCCUAACAGGCAUGUCUCUGCUGCGGUGCCAUCCAGCCGGAAUAGGUCGCCACACGGCUCUCAACAUCCCAGAGUUUGUUUCAGAAGAGGCCAGGUCUCUGCUGGAGCAGCUGCUUCAGUACAACCCAACAGAGAGACUGGGAGCAGGAGUUGGAGGCGUGGAUGAUAUCAAAUCCCACCCCUUCUUCGCCGCAGUGGACUGGACCAAAUAGAUGCUGGAAAAUCUGAGUUGCAUGUUGGGACACUGGCUGUUCUGUAUCAACUCCAUUCAGACUGGAGAUAUUAAAUAAUAUACAGAUUCAAUCCUCUUAGAUUUAUGCAUUUCUGGAAAGCGCUCCCAUAGGUGAACAGCCAUUUAGUUUAGUUAAGUUUUAAGGUUUUUGGUUUUUUUUUAAUGAAGUUUGCCAAGUAGCAGUAUACACUUCCUAUACAUUGUUCUCGUGUUUACCUCUAGGGUUUACUAUCUAUGUUUGACGCAGGGAACACUUAACAUGUGUGGUGCAAUAAUUUACACAGUUAAUGAUACAUCAAGUGAUGAUUCACUACAUUUUUGUUGCUUUUACACUCCUCAUAGAGUAGUUAUAAGCCAAAAUGACACAUAUGAGUGCUGUGUCCCCUAAUUUCACUGCAUUUUUUAGUAUUUACUCUGACAUAGACAUAAGUCACCUUUACUGACUUCCACGUGCAAUGGACACCGACUCUUCUAUCAUUCCUCACGGGUUGGCUUCUGACUCUGCCAACACAGCCCACUGAGAUUCAAAGAAAUGAAAGAGAAAUACACAUGCCACUACUAAUAGCUUUUUUUUUGUUUUGUUUUUUUAUUGCUGACCCCCUUUAACUGCCAACCAGCCCACACACAGUGACAUAGAUGGACACUAUGCAAGCUGAAUGAACAAAUAUGGGGAGGCAGUAGAUGGGUAUUGUUGUGAAAUAAUUAGAGUAUAUUAGGUAUAGAGUUAUUAUAGAUCAUGUCUAGGGCCAAAUUAAUACAGUGUGAGAAGUCUCCCUGCACAGACAGUGUGAUUUAAAAAAAAAAAAAAAAAAAAAAAAAGCCAAGGAUGAGGAUCUUUAAAACCAGCCCUUUUUCAGACUGUAGUUUUUUGGAUAUCAGAGAAAAUUGCUUUAUGUGCAUGUAAGAAUAUGAUUUAUGUAAUAUAUUUAAUACCAUGAGAAAUCUAUCAGUUCAUAAUGGAUGUUUUGUAAAUAGAAUUUUAGAAGCUAUUGUGCUGAGUGAAAGGUCCACGUAGGCAUCAAGGCCUUGAAUUUGUCCAACCGGUCAAUCACGUCACUGCCACUCUGCCUUUUCAAUCGCAUCUUUUAUUUCAUUGUGUAUUGUGUUUUAUUUUUAAGCAACACAUUUGCUUACUUGCUGCACACAUCUUAAUGAUAAUUUAUAUUACCUAUAAUAACUGAAUUAUGUUAUGUUACCUUACAUACCAUAAUGUUGCCUCUUGAACAAUCCAAUGGGAGAGUUAUUGAGGCAUAUAUAAAAUGCGUUGUACACCAUUUGUCUGACUAAUACACAAGUGAGCACUCUGCUAUAGGUGUUGCACUCUGUACUCUUCUGCACUGCAAUAUAAUACACAGGAACUGACAGAUACUGUAAAUUACCAGGAAAACUAACACUUUUCUUGACACACAUCUCGGUGAGUUUUUUUUCUGAUUUGUAUAAAACGCUCACUCUUGUCUGUGAUGUACAUCUGUAUCAGUCUGUCGGUGCAUUCUGGAAAACAAUAAACCAACCUGGAUGAGUA